CAUAGAAUUAUUUACCUGAACUCUUGCUGCUUCAUCCACCAUUCACAAUCAUAACGUUCUUUCUGGGUACUACUUUGCAGAUUCUGUGAAACUCUUCUUAUUCUAUUGGUUCAACAUCAUGCUUAACUAGAUCUACUAAUUCUCGAAAACGGGAUAUCUCUUUUGUUCAAGAUCCAAUGAAGGCGGGCCUUCUACAUUACACGCGAGCCAGACACUGCGACUCGAGCAGCUAUCGACAAUGGUUUCGCAACCUAACCUGUUCGGACUACCUCAUGAUAGACUGAAAAACUCAUCCCCUCAACCAAAAAGUCAGCUUGCUUCAGACUUUGGAGCUCUACUAGCUCAACCAACAACCUUCGGAAAUAGCAAUGGCUUUUCAAACUCCAGUACCCGACUAGGCCAAACACGAGAAGCUCUGUCCGGAACUCCCGUCUCGCACACUCCCAAUGGAUUUAGAAGCUCUACUACUAAGACGGGUCAGCCUAUCUUCACGCCGUUUACAAGUUCGCCUGGCCGGCCAACCCAUGGACAUACGAAAUCGCUCACUUCUAGAAGGUCUGCCUUCUUAGCUAGUCCUACACCACUUUCGCGAUCACGAUCAAAUCUGUCUCAUGUAGGCAGUCCUGAAGCUUCUACUACAGAGUCUAGUCCUACACGGGUUGCUCAAUCACCCCGGUCACCAACGAAAUUUUCUGGGACGUCUUCUCCGAUCAGUCACACGCCGGUGUCACAGCCAUCGUCAAACACUGAGCGAGGGACAAAUGCUCAGCUUUCUAAAUCCUUCAUCGACCCAAAUGGCGAUUUGUGUCUCAGAGUAGGAGGCUUAUUUGCGGAAGAUUUUAUUGUUUGUUCCAAGACCAUGGCCAGGUCAUCGCCAUUUUGGCAGAAAAUGCUGUAUGGAGAAUUCGCCGAAGGGAAAAAGGCGCAGUCUCAGGACACGGAAACCGAAUGGAUUGUGAAACUUCCCGAAGACAACCCUGCUGCGAUGAGAAUAAUUCUCAAUAUCAUCCAUUGUCGGUUCGACCAAGUUUCUGGUUAUGAAGACUUUGUCUACACCGCUCACCUUUACAAUCUUUGUAUCCUGACCGACAAAUUUGAUAUGACCCACAUACUACGACCCUGGGCGAGGGGCUGGUCGCGCUCCACACAUUCCCAAAGCGACAAACUCGGUCAAUCUCUGCGAAGCAAAUUCUGCCACGAACGGCUAUGGGUAGCAUGGGAGCUUGGCGACCAAGCUACUUUUGAGGCGAUGGCCCAGGCUUUACUCCUGAAUUCGUCGUCUUCAACGGGAAACAAUUUGCGUUACAUCGGGGCUCUGGAGCCGCCUGAAAUAUACGAAAGCAUAGAACGAGUCCGCCUAGAUACUAUCAAGAUUUUCCUUCAACCUUUCAAUGACUUGGUAUCAAGUCUAGUCGGCGGCGAUGCAUUAUUCUGUAAAAUGAAUAGCUGGCAUUCGCAAAAUAAUUGUCUAGCUCUGAUGCUUGGCAAAGCUAUCCAAUUGCUGAAUCGCAAUGGACUUUGGCCUGUACCCGAUCCUGCGACUGUUCAGGAGAGUUUGGCGGAAUUCGCAAUGAGGCUUCAGGGCAUAGGACACGCAGAGAAACAUGCGACUCCCAACGAUUGCCUACACUUCCAUUUGAAAGAUUUAACAACCGGAAUCGAAACUGCUUUAACAUCCAUACCUUCCCUACCUACCGAAACGCAUCGACGACAUCUCGAGGCCCAGGCGAGGAAAUCCGGGUUCGCUCCACCAUAGGAUGAUCGAACUAAAACGAUGAAGAAACGCCGUUGGCAACAUUAAUGAUUCACGGCUCGGGGCUACCGCGGAGGCGAAUUGGGGUUGCUGGAGUUUAAAAACCUUAGCCUCCGUGUACGCAUUCUGUUGUCGACCCUUGAUGUGCUGCUGAUUUAUUUAGGUACUUUACGAAGACCAUGAAAACGCUUUACGUCGUUAUGUAUAAUGAAGAAUAGAUUGUUCUCGAUACCGGAGGCCAGCAAUCAUGUCUGCCGGCCUAAAAGUUACUAUAGAGCAGCCAGCGAGCUGCAGUACAAAAUACCAAUGAUGGGUAACACAAAGUGUGCCCGAUUUACAUGUAUAUAAAAAAAC